GCGGAAUGCUAUUGAUAACCUUUAAAUUAUAUUGACACAAUAACCUCAGAUUCAGCAGUAUCCAAAUUAUCUCAUACGAUUUAGUGUAUCUAGUAUAUGACAAAAUGUCCAUGUUGAAGGGAAAAUACGCUUUGGUCACUGGUGGGGCUCAAGGAAUCGGCCUCGCUUGCGUUAAGGAACUUCUUGUCAACGGAAUUGAGGGCGUGACAUUGGUGGAUAUUAACGAGGUUAGGGGAGAGGAAUCUACUGCAUUACUCAAAAAGGAAUUUGGAACGGAAAAGCUUAUUUUCGUAGCUGCUGACGUUUCCAAAAAGGAUCAAGUUGAAGGUGCGUUCAAAAAAUCAAUCGAGCAUUGGAAACACCUCGAUGUAGUAAUCAACAAUGCGGGACUUCUGGGAGAACAAGAUUGGAAACCUACCCUUUCGACGAAUUGCGAUGGAAUGCUCCAUGGCACGCUGUUUGGACUUGAAUACAUGAGCACAAAGCAAAAUGGUCGAGGUGGAGUGAUUGUGAAUAUGGGUUCAAUUAACGGCGUGUAUCCGAAUGCUACCCUUCCAGUGUAUUCGGCGACAAAGGCCUUUACGGUCAUGCUGGGACGUUGCUUCGGUGACCCCAUCUACUACGAUCACAACGGCGUAAAAGUUCUCACUAUUUGCCCGGGGAGAACCAUCACUGAGAUGGUUCAUAAUGCGCCUAAUUUAAUUGCGAGCAAAAGUCUCUGUCCGAAUAUUCAAACGGUUUUUCAAAACCGCCUAAUGAAUCUAAAACCUCAAACACCCGAAGAGCUUGCGAAACAGAUUUUGGAGGUUAUGAUUAGAGGAGGGAGUGGAACCGCAUGGGUUAUCGCUGGGAACGAAGCCACGCAGCACAAUAACCUCAGAUUCAGCAGUAUCCAAAUUAUCUCAUACGAUUUAGUGUAUCUAGUAUAUGACAAAAUGUCCAUGUUGAAGGGAAAAUACGCUUUGGUCACUGGUGGCGCUCAAGGAAUCGGCCUCGCUUGCGUUAAGGAACUUCUUGUCAACGGAAUUGAGGGCGUGACAUUGGUGGAUAUUAACGAGGUUAGGGGAGAGGAAUCUACUGCAUUACUCAAAAAGGAAUUUGGAACGCAAAAGGUUAUUUUUGUAGCUGCUGACGUUUCCAAAAAGGAUCAAGUUGAAGAUGCCUUCAAAAAGUCAGCGGAGCACUGGAAACGCCUGGAUAUAGUAAUAAACAAUGCGGGAACUCUGGCAGAACAAGAUUGGGAGUCUACCCUCUCGACGAACUGCGGAGGAGUGCUCCAUGGAACGUUAGCUGGCCUCGAAUAUAUGAGCAAAAAGCAAAAUGGCCGAGGCGGAAUCGUUGUGAAUAUGGGUUCAAUCGCCGGCGUGCAUCCGGAGAUCGCCAUGCCAGUGUAUUCGGCGUCGAAAGCCUUUACGGUCAUGCUGGGACGUUGUUUCGGUGACCCCAUCUACUACGACCACAACGGCGUAACAGUUCUCACAAUUUGCCCGGGAAAAACGUUCACCGAGCUUCAGAGUAAUUCGCCCAAUUUAAUAGCGAGCGAGCGUCUCUGUCCGAUCAUUAAAGAGUUUUAUCGCACCUGUGAUGCGGCUUUCAUUUCUCAGACACCUGAAGAGCUUGCCAAGCUGAUCUUAGAGGUUAUGGUUAGAGGAAAUAGCGGAACCGUAUGGAUUAUCGCUGGAAACGAGGCCACGCAGGUUGAUUUUUCGGCAACGGAUCGUCAGGGAAACGUCUAAGAAAAUAUAAUUUUGUUUGUGAUACUAUGCUAUGUCGUUCAUAGAUUAAAUAAAAGGUAGAUUACCUAAA